GGAAGUCUUCUAAAUAUGUUGAGUACAAUCUCAUCUGAGAUUACCAGCCUGUUCCUCUUAAUACAUCCAUGGCCUGUUCACGAGGACGAGUUUGAACACAUCAAAGAUGAGAGAUAUAUACAAAUAACCUUUGCAUUUCUAUCGGAGCGUUGUGCCCCUCCUCCUGCUCCAGGGGCCCUAACGAGCCACCUACUUGGAGGGCUCCCAGGGAGCUCACUCCUGCUUGGCCAGCAGGCUGCCUCCUUGCGGCUGGCUCAACUGAAAGCCCAGCUAGCACUGACACAGAUAAACAAUGCUCUUGCUGUUGGCAGCCGAGCCGCGACAUUGACAGCCAACUCCAACACAACUGCUCCCUACAUACCUACAACACCCCCCUCCCCAACUGCUGCAGCCAUCAAUCUCCUUAACCUUCUCAAGAUUGCAAACAACAUGUCCCAUCCCCUGUAUAACCCCUAUGCCCCUGGGAACCAAAGUUCCACCCAGGGACAGUAUGGACUCUCCAGUAUACCGGCAGAAAGGGACCCUCGGAUGACCUCUUCUCGCCUUGGACCUGGGUCCAGCUUCAACUCUCCUGUGACUUCUUCUGGGACUCCUGCCAACUCUGGGGGAAUACUCCCGUCGCUGCUGCCUCAGUCAAUGAACUACAGGCCUGAACAGAGUAGGGCCAUAAUAGACGAGAACAUAGAGAGGUCUAUAGACAUGCAUAUUAGCAGAGCCAGAGAGGAAGUAAGGCUUCUUGGCAAACCGAUGCAUCAGCCCAUAGACCAGGGCACUCGUUUUGCCAGCACUCAAAGGAAUGAGUUUCUCUCCUCAGGCACAGGGAUGGUCUCCUACCAAAUGUCCUCAACCUCUGCCUCUCUAGGACAUAGACAAUCUGGCGUUGAAAGUGGCAGUAGCUCCUUGGACUGGUCAUCGAACUACAACAGGCCCACUGCUGAUACCCCCUCAAAAUUGUAUCCAUCAUCUGCUUCGUCUAACUAUGCAAGCUGCGGUGACGGUAGGUUUAGUGCCUCCAGUGAAAGAGAAUGUGAUAUGCAGUCCAUUCCGGGGUUAGGUGAUUUUGACUAUCAAGUCCCAGAAAAAAAACCUGCGGCCCCCACAGAGCCCAAUCGACCAAAGUACACUUCUGAAUCCGCUUCUAACAUCCUUCAGCACUUUGGACUUGAAAAAGAGGACUUGGAACAUCUCAUCUCCUAUCCUGAAGACCAGAUCACCCCUGCUAACCUGCCGUUCAUCUUGCGGCAAAUCUGCAUUGAGAAGAACAAGAGAACUUCACCUGCAGUUCAGUCAAAACCCUGCCCCAAUCCCCAACCCACCAGAAGUGUAAGUGGAAUGAACAGUCACAGUUUGAGCAGUUCUGGAGGGGCGGGGAUGCGCCAGGAGGAAAUGUCAUCAGCUGGUCUCCAGCAGAGUAAAGUGAUUGACUAUGGACAUACUGGCAAAUAUACUGGAGCGGUUGGGGAUGAGAUUGGAAGGACUGGUAGCAGUAAAGCUAACAGUGGUGGGAGUGGAAGUAUGUUGCAGAUGGACACUUACGAUAGUAGCCGACACAUUCGAGAACCACUGCAAAAAAAUACAACAGAGGUGAAAAGCAGUGCCCUGGGUUCUUCACGUGACCAGGCGAGUUCUGUUUCCAGCCUCAGCUCUUGGUAUAGUUCAAUAAUGAGCUCUGUGGCUUCCCCAAGCAAUGAUCAGACCAGACAACUGCAGACCCAACCAAAACAGACUUCCCAAACAGUCCUCAGCUCUUUCUCUCUGCCAAAGAAAGACACCGACAUCCGAGUUCUCAAAUCUGAAGCCCCCAAACCCCUUCCUUUGAAAGAACCAGAGGUAGAACGCCAGUCAACGUUGAAAACCCAACCACCCCCCACUCUGUACCGUGGUGUGCAUCCCAGCCGACCUGGCCUUGUGGUCAUUGGCAGUAAUGACGCCAGUGGCGCUAAGGGUACAAGUAAAACUCAAGGACAAGGGUCAACAGUUGCUCAGCAGAUGAAAAAGCAGCAGCCAAUGCAGCAGAAGCAGCCGAUGCAGAAGCAGCCAAUGCAGAAGCAGCCAGUACAGCAGAUGCAGAAGCAGCCAGUAUUGCAUACAGGGCAAGCGAUGUGGCCUCCAGUUUUUUCUGCUGCAACAUCAGUUCCCCCUGCUUCUCAAAUCCCCAGCAUCGCUAAUGCCAUGCAACGUCCGCUGUUUAUCCCUGGUGGUCCUCACCCCAAUGCUAUUCCUCCAGCUCUGCCUCAGCCAAUCCCGGGCCUGAUGAACCUUACUCAUCUGACGCCGCCACCUUCCAACAGUCAGCCUCCGGCAAAGAGGGCAGUCUCCAAGGGUCUGCCAACGGCAGCCAUGAUGCAUGACUAUGCGGCUGCCACGCCGAGAAUCUUUCCACAUACCUGUACUCUGUGUAAAAAAGAAUGUACUCGUAUGAAGGAUUGGAUCUCUCAUCAGAAUACCAGCCUUCACCUUGAGAGCUGCAAACUCCUCCGAAAACAAUUCCCGGAGUGGGAUGGUGAGAUAGCGCUAAGACCCAGUGCUGCAGGUAAAGAUGCCAAGCCCUCGCCCUCAAGUUCUUUACAGGCUUCCCAGCAUCGUCAACAGAAAGUCAGGCAUGGAAGCCGCUCCCGUUCUCACUCGUCCAGCCCCCGUUGCCGUGGCUCAGAGGGUAGAAGGGAGAAACGCGGUAGCCGAUCACGUUCGCCGCAUAAAUCCAGAUACACUCGCAGGUCCCGGUCUCGUUCUCGUUCCCCAUGGUAUGAACGCCCUACCUCCUCCCGCUAUCGGUCCCGUUCAAGGAGCCCCGAGAGACGAUCGUCACCGAGGAGGAGAGACGAGAAACGUUCCUCGCCGCGGAGGCGAGACGAUAGACGAUCAUCUCCAAGGAGGAGCCGUGAGAGACAAUCAUCUCCAAGGAGGAGUGACGAGAAGCGAUCGGGAUCGAGGAGGAGUGAUCAGAGUCGAUCCCCUCAACGAAAGAACUCAAGCAGUGCAGAGAUCCUGACUAGGAAACUACUGAAAUCAUCAGCUGUCCAAUCUCUGUCAAAACAUUCUGACCUGGAGGCCGUGGUUAAAACUCUGGCUCCUGCCUUACUGGCCGAGCUAGCCAAGAUGAAACCUUCCUCGUCUUCUACAGCCUCUUCCUCGUCUUCCUCUUCUACAGCAAAGAAGGAGUUACCUAAAAAGCCAUGUAAAGCAAAGCUUAGCCUGCAGAAGAGCAAGGCAAGUUCCUUCACCAUGACUAAGUCUGGUAAAUCUUCACCUCCAACCAUGGUGAAACUACAAGGGAUUCGUAGUUCUAUCUCUCACAAUGAUGUGUUGGCUGCAGUGGAGCACUUUGGAAAAACCAAGUCAGUUGUACUGUUUCGGUCCAAACUGGAGGCAAUCGUGUGUUUCGAGAAAGAGGAAGACGCAAAGAAAUUGAAGAGCGUGGAGAGCCUUGAUGUUAAAGGAAUGCCAAUCACUGUUGUCAGAGAACAGGAGACUGUUUCUAACGAGCAAAAGAAGCCUCCUCAGAAAAAGCCUGCCACAUCCAGUGUUUCCACAUCUCAAACCACUACCGAAAAGGUCCUUCUCCCUACACCUAACAUGCCUCCGCUUAAAGGGCCCAAAAAGCCUUCAUCUUUACCUUCUGGAGCCAAAAAAGCUACAACAGGCAAACUUACCAAUCAGAAAAGUGCAGCUAAAGGCUCAGUUAAAGGCCCAACGACUGUCACUAAAGCAAAAGUCUUGGUUUCCAAGGCGAAAAACGUCUCAAAGAGGCAGACAACAAAAAUGGCAACCAAAGCAGUGAAAAUGGUAAAAACAGGAAAGUUACCUGCGAAGAGAGCUGUAAAAAAGGCCAUGGUGAUGCAAAAAAAGUCCACGACUCCAGAAAAUCAGCUUGAUGUAGAAAAUUCCAAGCCUAAAGAAUCAGAAACCAAGGUCCAAGAAGAUGUGACGAAAGACACAGCUGAUGUUGAAAAAGCCAAUGUCCCAGUUUUUGAACCUAAGCAUCAGGCAGAACUUGGCAAAGCCAAUGACGCUGAAGAUGCUGAACCAAUGGAGAUUGGGGAAAUCAGAGUUGAAGUGGCAGAACCCAUGGAAGUAGCAAGUUGUGCUGAGGGCCAAGGAGAAAAACCGACAACUACAGAGGCUGUACCGGCAACUACAGAGGCUGUACCGGCAACUACAGAGGUUGUACCGGCAACUGCAGAGGUUGUACCGGCAACUUCAGAGGCUGUACCGGCAACUACAGAGGCUGUACCGGCAACUGCAGAGGCACCUGGAAAUUUACCAGACAAUUCCAGUGAGAAUCAACCACCAAACAGUACAGUUGAGACCCUGCCGACAGAAACCGUUUUACCACAUGUCCAGCAAAGCACCUUGUCAGAACCAGAGUCCACUGCACAAGGACCGGAGACCAAAACGGAGGCUACACACCUUCAACAGCAGGCUGCAGGAAGCCUGACUGAAGUCACUGUGGAGGCAAAGCUGCCAGAUGAAAGGGUGGAGACAACUUUAUGCAGUAGCGCAUUUGUGAGGACAAGGUCAGAGCACCAAGGAAAGAAGAAAAUCUCUCUGACUACUGAGGAGAUGGUUAAAAGGUACAUGCAUCCAUCCAGAAUAGCGUGCCUGAAGCUGGACUCAAGCUCGUACUCGCCAAAGUUUAAGUCACUUAGGCAUAUGCAGUUGCUCGUAACCAACCUGCCGGAGUAUUACGACGGCUGCUACACAGAAAAGGAUCUUGCCAAUCUGCUCAUGCCCUUUGGAUUUCAAUAUGCAGAUGACAGCAUCGUUGUUGUUCCUCAGGCGUGCAUGGCAUUUGUCAUGAUGCCGAAUAUGAAUGAUUAUGGGAACAUAUUGAAAGCCUCCGUAAGGAAGGGCUUUUUUCUCCGAAGUUUUAAACUUGAUUUCCAUGCAGUAGCCAAUUGCAUCAGAACGACACCGCUUGGGUUUUAUCGGUGGCUGAUUAAGCAUGUGCGUUCUACUGGGAUGGAUGAUGGAUCGAAAACAAUCUUCCUCAAGAACAUUUCAUGGAGUGAGUCCAACCAGCUCAGAGAAGAUUUGAAAAAAAUAAAUUCUGUUCAGAAUUUCCUGCCCCUCCUCAACAAGGUAUUUAUAGAAUUUGAGUCCACUCACGAUGCUGAUCGGCUCGGAGUUUGGUUGAGUCUCCUGAAACAACCACCUGGCUACGAAGUCCACAGGCUGAAAAUACCAUACACCAGCGGUACAUCACUACCACCAAGACAUCCUGAGAAUGCUCUGCCGGACAGCAAAAACGCUCUUGACGGGGCAACUAUCCCGCCAAUAAAAUGUAGUAUUCCAGAUGCCAGCGUUGGACCAUUUUGGGUCACCAUGAGAACUAGUCCCUUCCUGUUCCCCACUGUGUCUCCUUGGUUCAUCAUCCCAGAUUACCUGACAGUCACAGGAAAGGAAGACAUUGAGAAGGCCAGUGGUCGUGGUUCCAUGAUUCCCACAAUCAUGUUGACCGGUUUGCCAGAAAAAAACUACAAGCACGAGGACGUGGCUAAGCUGGUCUGGCGUUAUUUCCCCAAACAGAACCUUCACUCCCUGUAUUACAACGUGAUGGUCUUGACGCUCCAGAGGAGGGCCUUUGUGUUUUUUCCUGAUUGGACAACAUGCUGCGAUUUUGUCCGAGAUCACAUCACAAAACCAGUUUCUGUCGUAGGCUGCAGGCUUACAGUUCACAUUGUCUUGGAACACAUGUAUCCCGAAUCCAGUGAGGAGAUGAUGUACACAACUCUGAUGAAGUGGAGCAACGCUGGAGUUCCAGAGCCAACAUCUCUGGAGGAGCGGUUGCUGUGUGUGGAGGUUUCUGAGGCGUCUGUGGACGUCGUCAGGACGGUCAUAGAAGAGGUGGCGACAAUCGCGACCUUUGUUGGCUUUCUGUCGCUCGCCAACAGGAUAUGCAUUGAGAUGGCCGACUCCAGCGGUGUAACCAAGGUGGUGGAGAAAUACAACACUUGGAGCAAAGUUCAACGUGUUGAGUGUUUAGAGAGCCUUAAACAGCGUCUACAAGAUUCCAGUGAGAUCACAUUAAACUUUGAACCGGACACCAUCAACGUCAAAGCCGAGCCCCCAGCUGUGAAAUGUCAGACCCAGCAUCCCUCUUCUGAACUAUUGGAUAAUGGGUCACAACCUGCUCUGCAAACCAGUGACCCUGCUGGAUCCACCAUUUCUGAGCCCACCACAGCAGGACCGAGUGCUACGGCCGCAAGUGACGUAGCAAUGGAGGAGGACUGUGAGAAACCAGGAACUGAGAUCGCCAUGGACUCCACUGUUGAUCCUGAGGCAAAUGAAGAUGUAGAGAAAGCAGAAGUAAAGGGGGAAGAGGGUUCAAUAACGACCUCGAUCUCCACUGCUGAUGUGACCUCUACCUCUGCCGUUAGCAGUGUAAACACGGUCCCAGCUGCUUCCAGUCCUGAUGCUUCCAGUCCUGCCACCACAGUGCUCAUGCCUGAAGCAAACUUUGCAAAACUUCCUCAGAUUAGUACGGACAUUUUCCAGGCCGUCGUGGCAGCAGUUCGCAACCACAGACUUACCCGUGACAGCAAGUCCCAGAGGGAGGAGAAGAAGAUCUCCAGCAAAAGCAACACAAGCUCAGUAACUGCAAAGGCUGAAGACUCACCAAAAAGAAAGUGUGAGGAUGAAUUUAUAAAUGACAACCCUUCUUCAGACGCCUAUCUUUUUGAAGAGCAAGAUUUCAACAUUGAUGACUUUGUUACUAUUGACGAAGUUGGUGAUGAUGAUGUGGGAGACACAAGCCCCAAGCCUCAGAGGUCCUACUCAUCUAGGCACUCCCCCAGAGCUAAAAGAGAGAGGCAAAGCUCAGGUGUGUCUUCUGUUGGCAAACGGACAUCAACGAGGUAUUCAAAAGACUCCAAGAGCUCAGCCUCUCCUUCACUCUCCUCACCCAAGUUAACUAAAGGCUCAAGCUCUUCUAGCUAUGUCUCACCAAAAAAAUCCAAGGACUCAUCUGAGCCCACCAAAUCCCCUACCAAACCAUCGGCUGCCUCCCCUUCUUCCCCUGGUCAGAAAACACAACAUAGCAAGACAAAAUCUCCAGCCAAAGCAUCAAAUACUGCAUCCUCCGGGUGUAGAACCCGCUCAUCCGCCGCUGCACAAGAAAUGGAAAAGAUAACAUCAAUGGCUACAGUCAAGGCUUCAGUGGAGACUCAUUCUGAGCCUCUGAUAGAAGAAGCAACAGACACAGAAAGCACAGUGGCAAUGUCUGACCACACAGUGUCAGCAGAGGGCUUUGCUGCAAAAACUGUUGAGUCAGAGACAAAAAUAGAAACCUCAUCAGAGAAACAUCCACCUCUACAGGGACAUGGAUUAGAGUUGAGCCAAUCCCAGAGUCUGGAGGUUGAUGUUCAUGUCAACACAUGCAAAGGCCGCAAGAAAACCAAAGAGGAUGGGAAAGAAGACAAUGUUGAGAAACAUACAGAGGGGGAGGGGGACAACAGUGAAAAAUAUCAAAUCCUUGGUUCACUUGAUGAACAAACCGAUGAACAGAUGAAUGAUGCAGACCAAGACGGCACCUCUGAAGUCCAGCCAACUGUACCUGAGGGAGGCCAGACUUUGCACGAGGAAAGCUUUCAGGUCUUGGACAGUGUCGACAAUAAAGGCAAAGCCCGCCCACGGGAGUACAGUGAAAUGGAAAUAGACAGUUCUUUCCAAAUGGUGGACAGUGUAAGCCAAGACCAAGCAGAUACAGGUCAAGAGGACAGUCACCAGGUCCAAGAUGACGGUUCCACAGUUAAGCAAGUGUCUGAGGAAGCAGCAAUUCCUGCAGGCGACAAAUCUGAUAAAGAUUCAGUAGAUAAAGAUCAGGAGACAAAUAAUGUAGAUCAAGUGUUAGAUACAGGUAGUAAACAAGCUCCAAGGGACAACGGAGAUGGGAAGACGGGAGAAGAGGAGGACGAAGUCAAAGGCAAAAUGCGUUCAGCAGAGUCCUGCAAAGCCUUCAAAGAUGUGGAAAAUCCUGAUGGCCGAAUCCCAAAUGAAGACCAGCUUCUUCAGGACACCGACAACAAAGAUACUUUAGAAACCUUUGAGAUACUGGAUUCAAUUGAUGAUCAGAGCGCAACAGAAGAUGACAGCCAAACCCUCGGAACUCCCAGCGACCAGAUAUCUAAGGAAGACAGUCGGCCCAUGGAGGUAGAGGAAGACGCGUAUCAGGUAAUUGAUUCGGUGGAAGAUCAGCCAACAACUACAGAGACCGAGUCGGAGACUGACAACGCAGGAAAACGAAAGAGAGGGGAGACGACUGCUAGAAAAGAUGAUAGACCAUCAAGGAGGAGUGGCCACGCGACCACAGCAUCCAAAAGCGAAGAGAAGGAGAAAUCGCCGAAAAAACCGGACAGGACAGUUAAAAGAUAUGAGACACGGACGAGGAUGGACACCACUGCAGGAGUUUCUAAAAAAGACAAAGAGGUCAACGAGGAGAUGGUGUAUGAGAUAGUAGAUUCUUUUGAAGACAAACCGGUUCAAGAUGUCGCCGCCACCGAAACGUCUGGUAGACGAAGGAGUGCAAGAGGUAAGAAAGAGGAUAAAAUGACAUUAAAUCUCACAGAAGCAUCUAAAACACCAGAGGAGGCUACAUAUGAGAUUUUAGACUCUGUGGAGGAUGAAACUGCCAAUGAUGAACCACUCGUAACGACAAGAUCUACCAGAGGAAAAAGGGAAAGAGCCACUAGGAAAGAUACUCCAGAUGAGACAACGAUGAAAGAGGACACACCAACAAAAAUGAGGCACACUCCUGCCAGAGAAUCACAGGAACAAAACAGGGAAAGAUCGCCAAAGAAAGAGGAGAAAGCCCCUCUAAAAGAGAGCACGCCAUCAAAGAAGAGUGACGAUGAUAUAAAAGAGGAAAUUGACUGGGAUGCUACCUACGAAGUAUUCGACUCUGUGGAGGACGAGGUUGUUAAGGCUGAUCGGCCGGCCACAAGAAGAAAAGGAAAAAGGGGCAGACAGAAGAAAGACGUUAAAACAACUAUGAAAGACACAUCAAAGGAGGGUGAAAAAGUGGCUGAUGAAGAAGAGGCGACAUAUCAGAUUCUUGAUUCUGUGGAGGACGAGGUGGUUAACGAUCAGCCCCCCACAGGACAGUCGGACGAGAAAAAUUCCAACAACAGCGACGAGCAGACGAGGAAAAGUGAACCUCUCGCAGGAGCACCCAAAACCGAGGAGGAGGAAGAGCCGAUGUAUCAGAUCAUAGAUUCCCUGGAAGACGAUCAAGGUCAGGAAGAGCUGACAGCCACAGAGAACAAGACAACAGAUGAAAAGAAAAAAAAAGAGGAGGCAUCAGCUGAAAAAGAAGACACACCAACGCGUGGUGCCACAGUUGUGGAAGCGUCUGAAAAAGUUGUCGUCAUGGAGGAGACUCCUUAUCAGAUAGUUGAUGACUCAGAGGAGACAAAUGGCCGUCCAUCUCCUGCAGAAGGGUCUGUUACGGGAAAUAAGAAAGUGGACAAAUCAACAACUAAAACCCAGAGUGCUACCGCCGUGCUUGAAAUCGGGAGCAAAUCGCCAGGGAAAGACGACGUAACUGGCACUCUGGUGAACCUGGACCAAGUGAGCGAGGAGGAGGAUGAUUACCCCGACGACACCGCUGAGGAGGAAGAACUGAGAAAGCGACAAGCCGCCGCAAAAGAGAAGCUGGUCGCCAAGGAGCGGGAAGCUAGGAGGACCCGGGAGAGGGAGGAGAGGAGGACCAGGGAGAGGGAGGAGAGGAGGACCCGGGAGAGAGAGGAGAGGGAGCGAAAGAGCCGGAGCAACAGCAGAGCAGGUGGGGGAGAGACGAGGAGGGCGAAGGAGAGGGGGAGGGAAAAGGGUGAGUCGUUGGAGGUAGAUGCCAAGGAGCUGGUGACUCUGGAUGAGGUGGGAGCAGAUGAGGCUGGAGAGGAAAGAGCGCCAGAGAGCCGAGAGUUGGAUGGGGAGAUCACGGAGGGGGAGCUGCAAGCACUUGUCACUCUGGAUGAGUUCGUAGAAGAAGAGGAGGAGGACGGAGAGGCCGAGCAGAGCACACUGGAGACCCGCCCACCCAGCCAGGAGGACGAAUCAGAGGACUUCUUAAACUCAGAGACUUUGGUGACUUUAGAUGAAGCUGGCGAUGAUGAGGAAGAGAAGCCGGACGAAGAGAAUUCUGAGAAAACUUCAUGUACCGUCAAACACAAUACAGUUAUGGAGGAAAGUCUGAACUUUGUGACGCUAGACGAGGUGGGAGUGGUGGAAGAGGAGGAGGAAAAGGAAGCUGUAAAAACCAGGACAAGAGGACGUGGCAAGAAGAGAACCAGACAGACCCCUGUGAGAAAAUCUACCAGAGGGAAAACCGUGACUGCAAUAGACGAGAGAGAACAAGAGCUGGAACCAACUAGCACUGAUGUUCUGCCUCCAACUCUACUCGAUGCCUCCUCCUCACUGGACAAUGAUCCGUCUACGUUGUCAAGUGACGGCCAGCCGGAGAUCCAGAAGACCGAGGUAGAAGCGGCGAGCCCAGCUGACAUGGAGGCAGCCUCUGCUGGGCAGGAGCUGCAGCCGGAGCACCCUGAGAACCAGACACUGGAGGGAUGUGUGGAGGAAGGAGAGCAGGAAAAGAAGGAAGGACGGAGCAGGGCGGACCUUAAAGUUGUGAGUAAACUGAGGAGGGAGCCCGUUGGACCUGAAGCAAAGCGAUCUCGUUCUCAGUCUCCUUGUGUCGCUACCGACGUCAAACUGCCGCCAUUCAAACCCAACAACCCCCUCGGUCAGGAGUUUGUGGUCCCCAAAUCAGGCUAUUUCUGUAAUCUCUGCUCCGUUUUCUACCUGAACGAGAGCACCGCCAAGGACCUCCACUGCAGCAGCCAGAGACACUACGACAACCUGCAGAAACAUUACCAGAAACCAUCAAGAAGUUCCAAACAAAGUUCUCAAGGCUACGUUUCUGAUUGAUCCCGACUCCAACUAAUUACUUUUUUUUGGUCAUAAAUGUGAAAAAAAGUAAAGCUGAGCCAGUGAAACGCCAGCAGCUUUACAAAUCAAUGUGUAUAAUAAGCCAUGUUGGUCAUAACUAAUUGCUGUAUGGCAUCUUUAUUCAUAUAAAUGUGUAAAUUAUACCUUAGCUGCCUUCUGUGAGUUAAACAGUUCCAUUGCUUCCAUCAGUUGUGUUCUGAAAAAAACUAAACAUGAGCACAGUUUCUUUAUAUAGUCUGUUUACGUAUUUGGAUGAUUGGAACUUUAAAGCUGCUACGUGACCUCUUUUUUUGGAAAUGACUUAACAUUUGCACUAAAUUUGUGUUUACAACCACUUUAGCUUUAUAGUGCAGAGUCCGCCCACUGUUAGAUCAAAUGUCUCAACUUGAAUGGGUAAAGAAUUAAGAAUUGAAUUAAGAAUAAAGAACUGUGGUCCUUAACUUGCAGACAAACAUUAGCAAGGUUAAAGAUGAGAUUUAUUAUUUUGUUUCUUGAUGAUAAUGUGAAGACAAUUUUUUGGAGAGAUCUUUUCUUGUGUUUAUUCUAUGCAAUGUUUGCUUUUUUGUUAUGUCCUUAUAUAUAUAUAUAUAUAUCUGAAAUGAC